AUGCAGAGAACCGAGGCCUCGAACUCUCUACGACCUUUCACUAUCGCUCAACUCAACAAAGCCACGCAGGCCCACACCGACGCGGAAUGGAGGGUCGAUGAUGUAGAGAUUGGCCAGAUCACAGUAGUCGGUCAAGUCGUGUCUAUUCAGAAACAGACAACGAAUUGCGUGUAUAUGAUUGACGAUGGUACUGGAAAAAUGGAAGCGCGACACUGGGUCGACAACUCAAACGAAGACGAUUCCUCUAGGUUUGGCGAGAUUACUGAAGGCCACUAUGUGCGUGUCACCGGAGGCUUGAAAAGCUUUGGUAAAAAAAGGUACCUUAACACCACCCACAUUCGGGAGAUUCGAGAUGCGCAUGAAAUCUAUUUCCAUAUCCUUGAGGCCAUAACGGUUAACCUAAUCAUGGAGCGGGGCCCUCCUUCGAACCCCCAUGGUGCUAAUGCAAAACCAAGCGAAAACGGUGGUGGCAAUAUGUCUGCGUACUCGGUACAAGGCGGGGGUGGACCAAGUGACCAAUUCAGCCACCUACCAGCUUUACAGCGAAACAUUGUGCGUUUCAUUAUGAGUCAACCUCCGAGGGAAGAGGGUAUACAUGUUGCUGCCAUUGCGAAAGCGAUCGGUGCAGGCGGUCAAGACGCUCACAAAAUCAGUGAGGCGCUCGAUAAAUUGAUGGACGAUGGUCACGUAUUCACGACCAUCGAUGACUCUCAUUUCAAUGUUUCGCUUUGA